AUGAAUGGGCCACCGGUGGUCCAUGGAAAUGGUAAUUAUAAUGCCAGUGUGAUGAGUGAGAAUGCAGAUUACUCCACAAGAUAUCAGUGCAUAGAGUGUUUGAGAGUUCUUGAUACAAGAGAGGAGUAUUUCCGACACUUCAGUGCUGAACAUCGAUCAGCUUGUAUUCAGGAAAACUAUUAUCGAUGUUUUGGUUCGUGUAAACGUCUUUUUCCCAAUAUUGAUAUUUUUCGAGAACAUUUAUCAGUUUGUCAGCAUGCACAAACAAUUUUUCGGUCAACAUUUGGAUAUUCCUAUACUUAUAGUAAUGAUAAUAUUGACAAUAAUAAUAAUCAUGGUAAUAAGGAUAUACUUAAUUUAUUGGACCCAGAGCAUACAGAUGACAACCAACAAGCACAAGCACAACAGCAACAGUCUGCCAGAACCUACUCAUCAUGUGAGAAUAAUGCAUCUUCUUCGUCUGCUUCGUGUGCUUCCAGUUAUGGGAUGAAUAAUAAUGCAUCAGUAAUAUUUGAUCGAAAAUUAUGCUUCUGUGCAUACUGUGGUAUUGGACCAAGGAGAAAUACAGCGGUGACUGGUGGUGGUAUUCAUCCUUCGUCUACAGGGAUAAUAACAACCACACCAACAGCAACAACAACAACUACUACUACUAUGACUUCAACUUCUUAUUCCUUGUGUAUGGAUCAUCCACAUGCACAGAUGACAUCUGAUUCAUUAUUGCUGCCUGAAGAAUCAAAUGUAUCAGACGAAGUGACACAAGGUAGAAACAACGAAAUCAAUCUAGUACUUCAAAAUCAAGAAUCAGUAGCAGACAAUGGUUCUAGUUCCGACUGUUCUCAACAGCUACUGCAACAACAACAACAUCAACUACAAGAAUCUCCUAGUAACUGUGAAACAACUCCAUUCACUGCUCGAUACUUUACAGAUCUGAUAGAUUUACACAAUCAUGAAAGAGAUUCUCACUUUUUCGACAGUCGUAAACUGAUUGCUUGUCCUUGGUGUCACAAGCAAUUGACAUUUUCUAAAAAAGAUAAUGCUAAUGUGACUUAUGAACACUUAUUAUCACAUGUUCAUGAACACUAUAUGGUUUCUUGGUGUCUUGCACGAACACGUCAGUGGAAUGAAAAUGCUAAAGCUCUACCACAUUGUGUAUGUGGAUUAGCCUUACUUGAUUCUCCACUGGCUAUUUUAUCGCAUUCUGGAACACAUUUGAUACAUGCAGACAAGUACAAGUCAUCGUGUAUUGUUCCUCCAGAUCCUAUACAACUACGUCGAUUGAAGCGUCAACAUCCGAGUUCAUCAUCGUCAUCUUCAAAUAAUCGACAGUAUUCAUCAGAGGAAUUUCUAUUCCCGAAACCUAAUGAUCACAUUCCCUGUUGUAUAGAAGUUUAUCGACAUCUACGAUUUGGUGUUUCUCCACAAUUUGACGCCCACCUUUUAGAAGCAACUAAAGGAAGCUUAACCUUUACAUGUCCUAUUUGUCCCACAGUGCUGUGUACUCGUUGGGCGUUAACACAGCAUGCAUUUUCAGAGCAUUGGGGCACUUUAUGCUAUAUUUGUUGUAUUUACACAUUCAAUUCUGAUGAGAAUUCGCCUUCGUUAGACAUCAGUACUGAUGAUGGGAAUGUACAGAUGCCAAAUGCCUGUCCAUCAAUGUCAUCUUUACCAACUAUCGCUUCUUCGUCUUCGUCGUCUUUAUCUCCAUCUUUUGAUUCCUCUUUGAUGACCACGAAGAAGAUAGCAUCAACAUCCACAACAGCGACACCGACACCACCGACUGAGAUUAUCGUACCACAUUCAAUGGAAAUGUUGGUUAAUUUAUGGAAUCACAUUUUUCAGUGCAUGAAUCAACGCCGUGAUCUCCUGAAUAGUAGUCAUCAUCAUCAACACUGUCCAUUUCCUCCAAUGUCUUCGUUGUCAAUGUCGUCAGCACCAUCAUCAUCAUCACUGACGAAAGCUGGUCUUCGUGUGAAUGAUGUUGAUAACCAUCACGACCACCACCCCGACCAGCAGCAGCUGUUCAUUAGGGAAAUUGAUUUAGACCGUAGUGAAAGUUCUGAUUGUCAUGAUCCCGGUGAAAAUUUCAAUGAUUUUGCGCUUACUAUUGUGAGUUCACCUGAACAUGAGAAGAUGACCAAUAAUGAUAAUAAUGCUGAUAAGAAGUGUUCAGAUGUGGGUUCCUCUUCAACUCAGAUACAAGAUAUCAAUGAAACAUAUUUAUCAUCUAAUAUUUCAACUGACGCCAUCUCUUCGACCAGCGUCAGCACCACUACCAUUCCUAUGACUUCCAACUCGUCGUCAUUGUUAUCUACCGCUGCUCCUGCUACCGCUAUUACUACUACUACUACGAAUACUUCUGUUGUUGUUGCUGCUUCCGCUCCUCUUCCUUCAUGUAGUAGUGCUAUUGAAUAUGUACAUAAAAUAUUUGAUAAUAAAUCUUUAAAGAGGAAAGCAACAACAACUUCAGAAUCUUGUGGAAGUACAUCUCAUAAACGGUUAUCCCUAUCAUUAAACAAAGGUGAUUGCAGCAACGACAACAGCGUACAAGGUAGUUGUCAUCGCAGUAUUGAAGGUGUUGGUGGUGUUAGUGCUGGAGGUGAUGAUAAUGACGAAUAUAGUUCAACUAAUAAUUCUGCUACUACUACUCCUUGUAUUGACUGGGGGGCGCAAGAGCAGCAGGUCAGUGGAGGCAUAUCACGUAGUUGGGAUGAUACAAAUGUUACUGAAAUGUCGGUGUCUGAUAGACCAAUAAUACCAAGUGGAGCUGUAUCGAAUUCGUCUGUACCUGUGGUAAUUUAUAAAUGCUACCUGUGUCGAAAUAAAACAUAUACUCUUCAGUUUUCAUGUCUGCGUCAUAUGACCGUUGCGCAUGGACUUGGAACGUCAGAACUGGAUUGGAAUCGUAUGAUUGAAACAAAUGAUGUCCCAUCUUCUACUCCUCCAGCUGGACCUAAAAACAAUAACCCUAAUUUGUUGUCGUUGUUGAAUAAUAAUAAUAAUAACCCAACUACUUCUGGAUCCGCUUCAACAGCACCACGGACGACGACGACGUCAUCAUCAUCGUCGUUGACGUCUAGAUCAGGUGAAUGUGAUCGUGAAGAGAAUGCCAAGAAGAACAGCAGCAGCGGCGGCGGUAAUCGUGUGGGUGUUGUUCUCGGAAAGAUAUUCCUUUGUAAACUUUGUAAUAAGGAUCAGUGUUCAUCAAGUAACGUGAUUCAUAAUACAGCUUCCGCAGACACGCGCCUACAUUUGGCGACAGGUGGUGAGUGUGUUAAUUCGUUACCAUUUGGUAACGACACUCUCUCUGGUUCUUCAUCUGGUGUCACUCUUCCUCCAACAACGCAAUCUUCUGGACCUAGGACUUCUGAUGCAUUUAAUCAUCGCCCAGUUCAUUCAGCUGUUCGUAAUAGAUGUACGUUAGUUCCCCGUCCCACACCACUAUCAAAAGUAUGCACCCAACCGGAAACCGGUGUAUUGCUGAAUUCACAGCCACCAAUGGUAAACACUUGUUCCCAACAAUUAGGAAGCAAUAUACAAAAUCCAGUUGUAUCUACAGUCGAUCCGAACAGAUUGUCAAUCUCUUCAGCCGCCAACAGGAUUAAUGAACAAAUUUUGAACCCUCCUCCUCCUCCUAUGGAUGAAAAUGUCCUAUGGGGUCGUGUCACCCGAAACUCAUCGGGAGAUUUAAGAUUUCCUGGCAUAAAUCGCACUUUUAAAAGUGUUUCUUCAGUCUUGAGACAAAUUUAUCAAACGGCUACAGCUGAAGACAGUUUGUCUUUACAGUUACCGUCAUCCGCGAUUCAAUGUGAAAAUGAGGCAAAUAUUCGAUUAGAAAACUCACUACCCAAUUCGCUACUUAAUUCGACUUCAAGAAAAGGUUUAUAUAUUUGCCUGUGUUGCCGAUCGACAUUUACAAGUAGUGCUUUGUAUGAAGACCAUCUGGAUCGUGCCGUUGCUCGAAUAUUGUAUCGUUGUCAUAUCUGUCGUGGUUCUUGGACGACUUCACGUGAGGCGGUCAGUAUCGCUGAUAAUCAUGAGAGCGAAACAUGCUCACGGUUUUAUUCUGUUCUACCGGGUGGAAUUAUCAGCGCUAAUAAUAAAUGCGCUAUAUUUACUCACUUGGUAUCUGCACACCCGGAUAAAAGAAGUGAUUGGAUUCUACGACCAUCACUUCUUACAAUUUGUCCGUUGUUUAUGCCAACCACAUUUUUAAAUUUAGCAGCACAGACCGCCUCCACUACUACUGAUAUCCAAUCUUUUGAUGUAUCGACCAGUCGAAAAGGAUUCGUGAAAAGAUAA